CUGAGGGACCCCAGAGAAAUGACAGUCUUUUCAGCUUUGUGGCGCAUUAGCUCUGCCAUUAAACCAUUUUCAUCCAUUUACUACUAUGGGGGAGUCACAUCUGGCCGUGGACUCAGGACAUCAGCUGUCAAGUGCAGUGAGGAUCCAGCUAAACGUGAUUCGGUGGUGACACUAGAACAGCUUAAGGCGAUGCUGGCCAGCCGCAAUAUCCAGUUGUUCGACGUCCGAAAUCCAGAAGAAUUCCAAGCAGGCCACAUUCCUACUGCCGUCAAUAUACCAUUGAAGCAGCUUGAGGAGUCUCUGCAACUCCCCCCAAAGGCUUUUGAAAGACGUUUUCAGGUGAAAGUCCCCAAGAAGGAAGACGAGAAUAUCGUUUUCCACUGCCAAACAGGCCGCAGGAGUUUAACUGCUCUCGAGAUUGCCUUGCGAUUGGGAUUCAGCAGGGCUUGUCACUAUGCAGGUGGAUACAGUGAAUGGGCUGAGAAGGAGAAGCAAUAAAAAAA